AUCGCUGGAUGAUCAAUUUCUCCAGCUUAGACAUCGCUUCCUUCUCUAUCUGUACAAAUGUCAGCUUCUCAAAAUGAUCAAGACCUAAUAUCUUGAGCUUUUGAAACCCUUUAGCCUCGAAGCAUAGUGUUUGCCAAUCAUAAAGCUUUUGAACAGAUUGUUGGUUCUGUCAUCAUCCGCAUCUAUGUAGUAAAGCUUUUGUACAGAUUGAAGAGCUCCGAUUUGUGCUGGGGUGCUGAAGCCAUAUUUGUAGUGCGUAUAGGAUAGUGACGAGUUUUUGGUCCAGGGAUACUAAACAUUUGUAGUCGAAUGAAAAUGUUUUGAUAAAGCCUUUUAAUAGCACUUCCAUGCUUCACUGUUUGUUAAUAUUGUGGCAAGGAUAUUUUCCUGCUUAUUUGGAGACCAUUACUUGAUCAAUUCUGAGCUUAGCUUAGGGUUGUGGCAAGGAGUGUCAUGUUCUAUGGAGGUGGAAUUUUGUAGGCUGACCUUGUUGAACGGAUUCUGAGCUUAGCUUAGGGUCCAUCCUUUGUCACUACAAGUUCAUAUGUACUACCAAUUAAGCUAUCAAUUAGGGCCAUAUGAAAGAUAUCCUGUACCAAUUGACACAAAUGUUAGCGGUUGAAUGAACGGAUUCCUCUGGCUAAGUGAGAGGAAUGUACUGACCAAUGUAAUUCCUUCGCCUAUCCAUGGAUUGGAGGAUAUUGUCAACAAUCAAGUAUAUAAUGUUACUUAUCUCAAUCCUGCAAAGCACAAGCACAUCCCCAGACCACCUGCUGGUGUUGUCAUUCCUCCAAAGGUUUUAGGACCUUUGGAUAACAAGCCAUUCCCUGUGUUAUGGCAUGAAGAUAACAGUGGUAGGCGCCAGAAUGGAAGAGAAAGGCUAUUGAGUGUGUUUGUGGAAUCUUUGGAGAUCGUUUUCCCCUGUUGUUUCUGUUUAGAGACGCUUCUUUCUUUUCUCUCCCCAUCUAAAUGCAGUGCUUGUAAUCUUGCAGGCCAUCAGUACCUGGAGCAAUGGUCGGUCCAAUGGUGGGAGAAGCAGCUCAUCGUCUUGUCAAGAGUACACUAAAUAUCAAGUUGAACAACAAUCAAUCCUCUGGCAUCUUGGAACCACCACGCAAUCGAAACUUUCCAGGAUAUUAUGCAGUUAAUAGACCAAGACCAGCUGCUCCCUCUGGGUACGAAAGGGGCUUCAGUGAAGAUACCCACCAGCACCAUGGGAAUCACAACUACACUAUUAUUUGAAGUCAGUUUAGAUUAGGGGAGGGAUUGUUUAUAUUGAAACUCCAUUAUUGUAGAUUCUCUUUGGAGCUGCAAUGUUAAAUAUAUAUUUUAGCAAUUAAUUUUGCUGCUAA